AUGCAUAUUUUAAAACUUCCUUGGUUUGGCCAUAAUGUCGAUGAUAAACACAUUGAAUGCUAUUCAGUUAGCAUUAAUUCCAAGGGAACUAGACUAGCGUCAGGUGGACUCGAUGGUAAUGUCAAGAUAUGGGACACUGAUACAAUAGUGAAAUUCAAGAAUAUUAGUGGUUUAGACUCAGAAACGUCCCAAGAUAUGAAGAGCCUACCAUCUAAAUCUUUACGUCGACCACUAUGUUCUAUGAGUCGCCAUAAUGGGGCAGUAACAUGUGUAAAAUUCUCCCCUGAUGGCAGGUUCUUGGCUUCCGGGUCCGAUGAUAAAAUUGUUUUACUAUGGGAAAAGGAUGAUUUGAACCAGCCGAAGCAAUUUGGAGAGGUAGAACAAGACCUAGAACAUUGGACUGUAAGGAAGAGGUUGGUUGCCCAUGACAAUGAUGUCCAGGAUUUAUGUUGGUCCCCAGAUGGAGCUUUGUUAGUGUCUGUGGGAUUGGAUAGACUGAUUAUUAUUUGGAAUGGGUUAACUUUUGAGAGAAUAAAACGAUAUGAUAUUCAUCAAUCGAUGGUCAAAGGUAUUGUGUUUGACCCUGCCAAUAAAUUCUUUGCAACUGCGUCGGAUGAUCGAACUGUUCGUAUAUUCAGAUAUCAUAAGAAAGCUAACGAAUACGGAAACUACGAGUUUCAAAUGGAGCAUAUAAUCAUAGAUCCAUUCAAGAAAUCACCUUUGACGUCUUAUUUUAGAAGGAUGUCGUGGUCCCCUGAUGGACAGCAUAUAGCAGUACCCAAUGCAACCAAUGGCCCAGUUACAUCAGUUGCAAUCAUAAGCAGGGGUAGUUGGGCGACAGAUGUGUCGUUAAUCGGACAUGAGGCACCAUGUGAAGUUUGCUCAUUCUCUCCAAGACUAUUUGAAGUCAAACCCCAACAGAGGGCUAAUCACGAUGAGCCUAAGUUCUCCACCGUUUUGGCAACUGCAGGUCAGGAUAGAAGUUUGGCCGUAUGGAGCACGUCAAAUACUCGACCAAUUGUAGUGGCGAAAGAGAUAACGGAGAAUUCCAUUACCGAUAUAUGCUGGUCUCCGGAUGGUGAAACGCUUUAUUUCAGUAGUUUAGACGGAUCAAUCACAUGUGUCUCUUUCGAAGCAAAGGAGCUAGGGAUUGUCGUUAGCCAAGAUAUGAAUAAUUUACAGCUUCAUAGGUAUGGCGCCGAUAGAGAAUCCACUCUAUUCCCGGAGAGCAUUGAGCAAUUGUUGUUGGAACAGAAAUCUGGCCUGACGGAGCAAAAAGUAGAAAAGAAGGUUUCAACAGAACUUGAUGGACCUCAAUUGAUUGUUAGCUCUCCAGAUAAGGUAGAAAGUACAAAAGUUACUCCAAACAAAGUCGCAACAAAACAUAAAGUUGCACCCAAAGUUACAAUCACAAAAGAUGGUAAAAAAAGAGUUGCUCCUAUUCUAAUGUCAUCCUCUGCAUCUGCAAAUAACUCUUUAAUUUCUGUCAAGCGUACUGCCGUGUCAAAUUUUCAAUUUAAUAGGAAGUUAUCUCAGACUGAAUAUCAUCUUCCAAGGUUAGGAGUCCACACAUCUGUUCACGGAAUUAAGGAAAAGAGUACGCAUGAACCUUCGUUAAAUAAUGAAGCUACUUACGACCCUAUUAAUGAUAAUGAGGAUAUGGGAAUUGAUGAGACAAGCAUUAAUAAUCAACAAAACGUAUCAGGAAUGGUUUUGAAACGCCAAAGAAACAAAUUGAAAAGAGCCAUGAUGGAAACAAGAUAUCCUAACUGUUUAAAAGCGGUUUCAGAUCUAUCAGAAUCUUUAUUUAAUAAUCAACUAACUUUGAAUCACGAAAUAAAUUCAAUGUUAAGUAGCUCUAAAGAGAACUCCAUUGAUAUCGCUAAUAGUGCCUCUGUCGAAAUUGACGAAGAUUUAAUCUUCUCAGUAAUAGUCAGUGGAGUAUUCCAUUUCGAAAAUCCAGACUUUACGGAAGAUGCAUCCCCAAGGUCAGUAAGAUCUACUAUCGAGGUAAGAAAUGGACAGCCUUGGUCUGAAGAUGAAGAAGAUGCGGAGCAAAACGAUAAAGUUGACUUCCAAGAUCCCACCAUUGUUAUCGUAACGACCAACAGAGACCAUAACGAGAGAAAAUAUAUUCUUUAUUUUCCAUACAAGAUCCAGCAUGCCUUACCGUUUGUAAUUGAAGGGUUAUUGACAUAUUAUGUGUUGGUCUCGUUCAAUGGAACUAUUCAAAUCAUCUUAGCUGAAUCGGGAAAUUACCUUUGCCCAAGUUUUGAAAUAGGCGCUAAUCUUUUAAUGGUCAAGCAACGAGGAAAUUAUUUGAUGGUUUUGACUAGUACUGGUUUAAUAUAUACUUGGAAAUUAUCUGCUACUCCAAAAAGUUUGCAGGCAGUAGUGAAAGGUGUUUCCAUUGCAACAGUUUUAAAUAAUAUUGAAAUCCCUGAAGCAGAAAAAUCUUCAAGAAAAACUUCUUUACUAGCUACCCCUAAUAUUCGGAUCCUUGAGAUCAAUGUCGCCGAUGGAACACCACUAGUGGUUUUAGAAAACACAAACAAUAUCUAUGGAUAUUCGAUACACUUGAGAACCUGGAUAUUGGUAAUGGAUUCGUGGUACUAUUUGUCCCAAGAUGCUUCGAAUCCCUCUCCAAUUACAACAAAUGCUGCUAUCAACUCGCUUAUCCAAUUAACCUGCAGCUCCUUCAAAAAUGAUCUAGCAAAAGAAAAGAUUAACAAUUAUGUUUUCACAGAAAAGAACGAAGAACUAAAAGACGUUAUGAAAACAAAAUUUAAUGAAUUGAUAGAAUUUGUAAAUUAA